AUGGUUCGAGUGCUCACCACCCCUUCCGUGUUGCCUUUGCACGCAGACUACUGCGACUACUGCGACGUCUUUCUCACUCACGACAGUUCUUCUGGUAAAUGCAGCAUCACAGCGCAACUUGACGGCGUGUAAUCACCGCGACUGACUCACCCCUGAACGAAUCCCAGUGCGCAAGGCCCACAACUCGGGUCGUAACCACCUUACCAACGUUCGAGACUACUAUGCGUGCAAGUAUUGGGCACUCGUUGCUGACUCGAUGCUCUCGGUUGCUAAUCUACGAUGUGGGGUAUCCGUGCUCACAGCUCUCGGGUCGGACAAGGCUCAGGACAUGAUCGAUCAGAUUGCUCGCAAGUACGAAGGCGGCCCCGGCGGUGUUGCUCGAGUGCUACCCAUGGCACCGGGUAUGAUGGGCAACAUGAAUGGGCCUCCACAGAGUAAGCACCACAGCUCGACGCUUCGUCGUCUAUCUCUGCUGCCCUUCCCGCGAACGGUCCCUCACGCCGACUUCAUUGCCGGACUCUAGUGAGAAAUUUCGGAGGGCCCCCACCCGGUUUCCAACCCGGUGGACCACCUUUACGAUUCGGCAACGGCCCACCUCCAGGCUAUGGUGCCCCCCCGCCUCCGAUGCGCGGACCUGGUGGAUACCAGAAUCAAGGACCGCCACAAGGUGAGUGUGCAAAUACCAUCCUUUGCCCCGAGUCAAGCUCGUCAAGGUGCUGACAGCCUUCGUGUAGGCUAUCAAGGGGGAUACCAAGGCGGCCCACCCCCUCCUCAAUUCUCGGGGCCACCACCGGGUAUGUACUUAUUACCAAUGCAUCGGACUGCUCGGUCAUGUGCUGACUGCUCGGUCGAGCCGGCCUACACUCAGGGUUCCAACCGCCGCCGGGGAUGCAACCACCGCCGAACUUCUUCCCGCCGACCUCGGGUGCCUCGGCGUCCGCUGCCCCAACAACAUUCGACGCACCUCCUUUACCGACACCCAAUGGUGGAGGCGCCCCUCUUGUCAAGUGCGUGCGAGAUCAUCCCAUUCCCGCCGAUAGUUGGCUGUCCCACUAACCGUUUCGACUUUCAUCCUUUGUUCACAGUGGAUUGAAUCCGGAACGAGCCAGAAUGCUGGGUCUCUUGUAA